CUAACAGGCUCCAGACGGAGCGGGCCGGGCGCUGGGCUAAUGCAAUCGGCGCGUUACCUGGGGCGCAGGCUACAUUACCGGCCCGGCCCCCGCCCGGCGCGGCCAGACCCAGCCAGCCCGCGCCCCGCCGGUCGCCCCGCGCCUCCAGCGCUUCCCCGGCCGCGCCCGAGCGCCACGCGGCGGAGCUCAGCCCCAGGCCGCGCCCCAGAGCCCCGCAAGGCGCGGCGGGUCGGGGGCAGGCAGGGCGCACCGCACCCGGGACAGCCUCGCCGCCGGACACAGGCUCGGCGUGCCCUGGGGACCAAUGAAGUCCCUCUCGCCAGCCGCACCCAUGCUUCUGGCGCGGAUGAACCCGCAGGUGCAGCCCGAGAACAGCGGGGAGGACCUGGCGCCCGAGCAGCCCCUGCGGGCGCGCAAAACUGCGGAGCUGCUGGUGGUGAAGGAGCGCAACGGCGUCCAGUGCCUCCUGGCGCCCCGCGGCGGCGACGCGCAGCCCAGGGAGACCUGGGGCAAGAAGAUCGACUUCCUGCUGUCAGUGGUCGGCUUCGCGGUGGACCUAGCCAACGUGUGGCGCUUCCCCUACCUCUGCUACAAGAACGGCGGCGGUGCCUUCCUGAUCCCCUACACUCUGUUCCUCAUCAUCGCAGGGAUGCCCCUGUUCUACAUGGAGCUGGCGCUGGGACAGUACAACCGGGAAGGGGCAGCCACCGUGUGGAAGAUCUGCCCAUUCUUCAAAGGAGUCGGCUAUGCCGUGAUCCUAAUCGCCCUCUACGUCGGCUUCUACUACAACGUCAUCAUUGCCUGGUCGCUGUACUACCUCUUCUCCUCUUUCACCCUCAAUCUGCCCUGGACUGACUGUGGCCAUGCCUGGAACAGCCCCAACUGCACCGACCCCAAGCUCCUCAACGGCUCUGUGCUGGGCAACCACACCAAGUACUCCAAGUACAAGUUCACGCCGGCGGCAGAGUUUUACGAGCGUGGCGUCCUGCACCUCCACGAGAGCAGUGGGAUUCACGACAUCGGCCUGCCCCAGUGGCAGCUCCUGCUCUGUCUGUUGGUUGUCGUCAUCGUCCUGUACUUUAGCCUCUGGAAAGGAGUGAAGACAUCAGGAAAGGUGGUGUGGAUCACGGCCACGCUGCCUUACCUGGUGCUGUUCGUGCUCCUGGUUCACGGCGUCACGCUGCCCGGCGCCUCCAACGGCAUCAGCGCCUACCUGCACAUCGACUUCUACCGCCUGAAAGAGGCCACGGUGUGGAUCGAUGCUGCAACUCAGAUAUUUUUCUCCUUGGGGGCUGGAUUCGGAGUCUUGAUUGCGUUUGCCAGUUACAACAAAUUUGACAACAACUGUUACAGAAACGCAGCCAAAAUCCUUAUCAAAAACUGCUGCCUGAAGUCCCCACACUGGAAGCUCUUCUGCAGCAGCUGGUUGCAGGAGGCCCUUGCUGACACGCAGGGAUCCCACGGUAUGGGAGGCAUGGAGGCUGUCAUCACGGGCCUGGCCGAUGACUUCCAGAUCCUAAAGCGACACCGGAAACUCUUCACAUUUGGAGUCACCUUUGGCACCUUCCUCCUGGCCCUGUUUUGCAUAACCAAGGGCGGAAUUUACGUGCUGACUCUGCUGGACACCUUUGCUGCAGGCACCUCCAUCCUGUUUGCUGUCCUCAUGGAAGCCAUUGGCGUCUCCUGGUUUUACGGUGUGGACAGGUUCAGCAACGACAUCCAGCAGAUGAUGGGGUUUAAGCCGGGCCUGUACUGGAGACUGUGCUGGAAGUUCGUGAGCCCUGCCUUCCUUCUGUUCGUGGUGGUGGUCAGCAUCGUCAACUUCAAGCCGCUCACCUAUGACGACUACGUCUUCCCGCUCUGGGCCAACUGGGUCGGGUGGGGCAUCGCCCUGUCCUCCAUGGUCCUGGUUCCCGUCUACAUCGUCUACAAGUUCCUCAGCACGCGGGGCUCCCUUCGGGAGAGACUGGCCUAUGGCAUCACGCCGGAGAACGAGCACCACCUGGUGGCCCAGAGGGAUGUCAGGCAGUUCCAGCUGCAGCACUGGUUGGCCAUCUGACCCCGGCCUGCGGAGGAGGAACCCCACCUGCCGACGUCCAGGUCAAAGGCAUCCGCUUCGCUCCCACCUCGGACGCUGUCUCGGGAUUCCUCUCCUGGGAGGUGUCCUUUCCGACGCCUCCUUCCUCU